UCCCUGCAAUCGAAAAUAACGGCGGGAAUUGGAGGCGUCGCUUGUCUGAAUAUCAACAAUCCGAAAAUAAUUGAAAAACGCAAUUGCAGGGCGGUAGACGAUCGGGAAAUAAUCUCAUAAAUUUAGUACUACAAUGGAAUCCCGAUUGCCGAAGCCAUCGGCCCUUAAGAGACCGCAGAUGCCGGUGAAAACCAUUCUGCCCACAGAUCGCAUUCGCGCAGGAGGCACUGCAGGAUUCGGAGGAGCUACUGGCGGCAGUACCUUCAGUGUCAACCAGACGUACUGCGGGAACUUGCUGCCCCCCCUGUCCAGGGACCUCAGCAAUCUUCCCCAGGUGCUGGAGCGCCGCGCAGGAGCAGGAGCACGUGCCGCCUCGCCGGAGCCCGUAAAGAUGGGCAAUCGGGCCAAGCUAAGACGCAGUCGGAGCGCCUGCGACAUCAACGAACUGCGCGGAAACAAACGCACAGCUGCUGCUCCUAGUUUGCCCAGCAUUCCCAGCAAAGUCUCCCGCCUAGGCAGCACUUUAACUGCCCCCGGCCAGAAGCCCGGACGUCCGGGGGUCUCCGCAACAGCCACUGCUUCCACAGCUGCCAAAAGACCAGCAGUAACGCGUCCUGCUCCUCGAGCUGCCGCGCCUGCAGCCACCAAAAAACCCACAGGGGGAGGGGCAUCCGCAACAGCCGGAGGCGCUUCUGCAGCCCCAGCCAAGCGUAUCGCACCCUAUGACUUCAAGGCCCGCUUCCAUGAUCUUCUGGAGAAGCAUAAAGCGCUGAAAACCAAGUACGAGAAGCAAACGGAGGACAUGGGAGAGCUGGAGUCCAUGCCCACGCAACUGGAGGAGGCACAGAACAAACUCUACGAGACGGAGAACUCGCUGAAGAACACACUCACCGACAACGAGUGUCUCCAGCGGCAAGUGAAGCAGCAUACCAAGAAUAUAGAGACGAUCACCUCGUCGCUGGGCAGGACUAAAGAGGAGCUCUCUGAGCUGCAGGCAAUACAUGAGAAAGUAAAAACGGAGCAUGCUGCUCUGAGCAAAGAAGUUGUUCAUCUGCGCCAGCGCACCGAGGAACUGCUGCGCAGCAAUGAGCAACAGGCCGCCGAGCUGGAGACGUGCAAGGAGCAGCUCUUCCAGUCGAACAUGGAGCGCAAGGAGCUGCACAACACGGUGAUGGAUCUGCGCGGCAACAUCCGCGUCUUCUGUCGAAUACGACCGCCGCUGGAGUCCGAGGAGAACCGUAUGUGCUGCACCUGGACGUACCACGACGAGGCCACGGUGGAGCUGCAAAGCAUCGAUGCGCAGGCCAAGAGCAAGAUGGGCCAACAGAUCUUCUCCUUCGACCAGGUCUUCCAUCCGCUCUCCUCCCAGUCGGACAUUUUCGAGAUGGUCUCCCCGCUCAUCCAGUCGGCUCUGGAUGGCUACAACAUAUGCAUCUUUGCCUACGGACAGACGGGCAGUGGCAAGACCUACACGAUGGACGGAGUGGCAGACAAUGUGGGCGUCAUUCCUCGCACGGUUGACCUCCUUUUUGACUCCAUUCGGGGCUACCGCAAUCUGGGCUGGGAGUACGAGAUCAAGGCCACAUUUCUGGAAAUCUACAACGAGGUGCUGUACGAUCUGCUGAGCAACGAGCAAAAGGAUAUGGAGAUUCGGAUGGCCAAGAACAACAAGAACGAUAUCUACGUGUCCAACAUUACGGAGGAGACUGUGCUGGAUCCCAACCAUCUGCGCCAUCUGAUGCACACGGCCAAGAUGAACAGAGCCACGGCCUCAACGGCUGGCAACGAGCGGUCCUCCCGCUCCCACGCUGUUACCAAGCUGGAGCUGAUAGGUCGCCAUGCCGAGAAGCAGGAGAUCUCGGUUGGAUCCAUAAAUCUGGUGGAUUUGGCCGGAUCUGAAUCUCCCAAGACGAGCACCCGCAUGACCGAGACGAAGAACAUCAACCGCUCGCUCUCGGAGCUCACCAACGUGAUCCUGGCGCUGCUGCAGAAGCAGGAUUACAUCCCGUACCGCAACUCCAAGCUGACCCACCUCUUGAUGCCCUCGCUGGGCGGCAACUCCAAGACCCUCAUGUUCAUCAAUGUAUCGCCGUUCCAGGACUGUUUCCAGGAGUCGGUGAAAUCCCUGCGCUUCGCCGCCUCUGUAAACUCCUGUAAGAUGACCAAGGCCAAGCGGAAUCGUUACCUCAACAGUUCGGUGGCCAACAACAGCACACAGAGCAACAGCAGCAGCAGUUUCGAUAAAUAAAUAAAUAAGUCUUGUUCCCAGUUCUAACAAUUUCCAAAUUUUCUAACCUGUUAUUGCUUAAUUUAUGUGUUUACUUUUAGUGAAAAAACAUAACUAAUAAAGUGCUGGAAUUCAAA